AUGCCUUCUCGCUGCGUCGUAUACGGCUGUUCCAACCUCCCAGACCCCGAGAAAGGUAUUAGUCUUCAUAAGAUACCGUUCUAUAACGAUUCAAGACCGGAGGCUAUAAAAAGACGAAAGGUCUGGGUAGAUUUUGUGAAGAGCAAACGUGCGAAGUGGGAGCCAGGCAGUGGAAGCCAUGUAUGCUCUAAGCAUUUUAAAGCGGACGCUUUUGACAAAAUAUUGAAUUUGCCCGGACAAGCGAAUACGUUUCGACAAAAGCUAAGAAAGGAUGACCUAGGAAUUGUAUCGUUUCCAUCUAUAUUUCGUACGGAUGCGACGGAAAAACAAGUUUCAGGCAGAGCAGCCAGAGCAAUCAAACGCAAGGUGAGUAAAUAAUAGACCCAUUUAUCAAUGAACUCUUUGUUUAUAUUUUUACUUCACGCCCUUCAAUAACUUAUUCUCUUAUAAUAUUUUCAGUAUGCAUCUGGGAAUGAACCAAUCAGCCCUCAAGAACCAGGAUGUUCAUCGGAUUAUGUUGAACCUGAAGCAGAAAUGGACUUAGCUAUAGAAAUACCGAAUAUCAAUAUCGAGCGUUAUGUAAGUAGCAAAUUAGCAUUAUUUCGCGUCGUGGUCACUUCAAUAUGUAUAUUCACGUUGAAGACUACAAUAUUUGACUAUUUAUAAUAAAAGUGCACUGUUUUAAACUAAGGUGUUACAAAAUAUUUUAUCUGUAUAUUUCUAAUUUUUUAAAACUAUAUUAGGAUAUAGAGCAGCCGGAUCGAGAGAAAUUCACACAAACAGACAUUCCAAUGGCUGGUACGGAUUGCAAUUACUGUCUGGAAUUACAAGAGAGGAACCGAAUUCUUCGCAAUCAAGUCAUAGACUUAAAACAAAGACUAGCUAAAGAGAAGUCCAUUGUGAAAGAUUUACAAUCCAGUAAGUAGUGUUAUUUUGUGUAUACUGUGAAAAUUUAUACCAUAUUUUAUAUGACCGACCUCAGUUGUAAAAUUAUUUCAGAGCUGUUGAGCAAGUAUUUGCAAUACGAAUACACAUUUAAUAGGAAGUAUAUUAUCGCACUAUUUCUGUAAUAGCUAGUUGUUGAACUAUUACAAACAAGGACAGAGAUUAGUUAGCUUAUUAUCAAAUUGAAAACAUAAGCCUCAGUUGCCCAAUAUAAGCAUAUUUUUAUGGGUAUCAUAUGAUUUCAUGAUUUUAUAUAUAAUUUUAUCUUGUAUUUUUCAAUCAGACCUUCAAAUUCCUGUGGAAACUGUGCCAUCUAGUGACACCGAAGCAGCCAUAUCAUCCGAAGAUAUUAGCAGUAUGGCUAGUGAACAAAGUGAAGAAGGUGGUGUGUCAACUGAUCCAAACACUGAAUCAGAUGAUGCAAUUCAAUGGGAUGAUUUAACAGAGACAGAGGACUCAGAUGAAAGUGAUAAUGAUGAACAAAGGAGGUAAAAUUAGUCAAGUAUUUAAGAUGCCAACCACAUGUGGAUACUGUAAAUAUUUAGUAUCAUUAAUGAUUGGUUAAUCAACACAAGUGUAUUUAUAAAUUUCAGAGAAUAUACAAAGGAUAACAACCUGAGGACAGAACCAAAGUGCAUCGUGUUUCUGUUGCAGCUGGAUGCUCCUUUUUCAGUUUUGUCCAUCCUGCAAAAGUGCCAAUCCUCUAGUUGAGACUAGCCAACAUGGGACAAAGCUUAUUGUGUAUACUCACUGUGGUAAUCCCAACUGUAAGCAAAGUGAUUCUGUGUGGCGCAGUCAACCUAACAUGGAGGGUACCAAAAUUGCAGCAGGGAACUUUCUGUUAAGUUUUGCGACUUUAGUGGCUGGUGCAUCAAUCAGUAAAGUUCAACGUGUCCUUAGGCAUAUGGGAGUGGCAUGCAUUUCACUAAGCACUUUCUUCAGGCUUCAGAAG